AUGGCACCUGCGGCGGCCGUGGGCGCUUCCGUGGUGGCGAUGGCAGUAGUGAUGGUGGUGAUGAUGCGGCAGAGAGUGACGCCAACAAGCCUCAUCCUGCCGUGGUACGAAAGCGUGUCAACUGGAGAUGGUACGGGCCCUGAGUCUGUCAACGUCUGGUCCAUCCCCCCCACCAUUAGCUAUGCCAACACCUUCCAAGACCCGACCAAGUGGAACGGAGAUCACGUCUUGAACGGGGGGAACAAAGAAUGGGCUGAGGAGGACGCGGCAUUGCACGCAUACAACAUGGAGAACUGGAGAAACAAGAUUCUAGAGACGCAGGUCAGACGGCAGGUGAAGCAGUACGACCUGAUGAACACCAUGAGGCAUAAAGACGGCUACAAGAGCGGGUUAGCAGCGCUCGCGGUCAAGAUCAAGUGUUCUUGCAUCGAAGAAACCUGA